UUUUACAUCCAAGAAACUCCUCCCUCCUUUUUUAAUCUCCAUCUUGGGAAUUGCUUAAUUCUAAAGUUUCAAAAUCAGCAAUUUUAAAAUUUUUGUGUUCAAAAAUAUUUACUUGCAGUUUUUAAAUUUUAUUCUGGUCAAAAUAAAGCCCAAAAAAGCCUGAAAAGAGGUUUACGGCGCGACAGAUUUGAUUUCAACAGCAACUUCGUUCCCAAGACUUCUUCUUAACACUGAGUAUGAGGCUUUUUUCAAUUUUAAAGCAGACCAUUCUUUUACGCUUUUACAUGAUUCAACCAAACAGUGUUUUCAAAUCCCACGGUUUCUGAAAUCUUUUAAAAUGACGACGAAUUCUUGUCAGGGGCUGAAAUUAACUUAGUCACCAGGGCAUACAAGAAAAAAAAGCCUUCAAACUAAGAGUGUAACAAGAAAACUCCAGCGCAAAACAUCCACCUUGUACCAUCUUCUUAAAGGUUUACUGACUAGGAAGGUGGUGUUUCUUAUAAAUAUUAUACCAGGAAACUUCAAGCAUAUUCUUCCAUUUUCGAAAACAAAACACAGACAAAAUAUCAAAAUGACGAUCUUGAACUUUUUUUUAAUCAAAAUAUUUUUAAGGCAGAAUUAUCAAUAUUAAUUUUUUUUUUACUUUCCAAUUUCUUAGAUUUCGUUUUUAUUUCGCACUUUUUAACAUUUCAUUUUCCCUCUAAAAAGCAUAACACAUUCACCUCUGCUUUUAGUGGAUGUUUGACACCUUGUAUUAUAUAUAUUCACGCGUAUUUUCUCAUCUCUCCCUCUCUCUCUUUUCACGUUUACGGAGAAUCUGUAGGCCUCAAUACAAAUUCCUCACGAAAGAAAAUCAAAAAGAAACAACAACUAAAGAUAAUAAUAAUAAAAAACAUCGAGAAAAAAGAAUUGAAAAGUUUUGAGGUAACGUUUUCACCUGCGCCUCGCACAUUUUUACUUCACAGGUGGAUAACAUCUGCGCAUGCGCUGUUGUUAUUGAUUGGUCCUUUUAUGAUAAAGUCACAAAGAAAAUGGUAAGGACAUAGAAAAGUUUAUUGCAUGUUUUUUUUCAACUAUUGAUGGCUCUUAGAUACAAGAAAAGUAAAGGCAUGGCUCUUAAAUUUUUACACAGAAAGAUAUAUACGAAUGGAUACGUAAAGAAAAACUGAAGAGAUUAUUAAAAUUCAUGAAAAAUAUAACUUAUACAAAUUCAUAAAAAUUUAGUAAAAACGAUAAAAUCUGAAGGAAGGAACAAAAUAAUUUUAUGUUGUGUAGAACUUUCUUGUUACUGUAGUUGAAUUUAUUUUUUCAUGUUUGAUCAGCGAAAAGUACGAAAAAAAGUUAAGUUGAAAUCGCGUGAGUAAAAACAACUGACUGCUUUAAAAACACACCAUGUUGACGAAAGUUAGUACAAACUCAAUCGGUAUGGUAGAAAGAAUCACUUCCCCGAACAUAAUGCAAAACGAUUUUGCCGAAGACAAUCAUACAAACCACGUUGUGAAGUCACAGUCGUCUGCCAGUGAAUUAAACGGUAUUCUAAAACAUAAACAAAGUUAUGCGUCAGACACAAUAGUGAAUGGAACGCUGGCGAACCAUAAUGAGGAAACUAUUGAACAAGACAUACAAAACAACAAUUUCGUAAACAAACCAGAUUCUUUAAAUAAAAUAGAAUCAAACAAUAUCUUAACGAACAGAACUCCAAGUCCUAGUCCGUCUGACCAAGGAAAAAAUUUAUUUUCACCGAUAAAACGCGCGAAAUCGCUUAAGAAUAAAAACAAAGUAAAUUUUGAGGAGAAUUCUCGAGCUUUGCCGAGAAGAAGCAUCCCGCUACUGACAAGAGAAGAUGGCCAGUCUAGCAGGCUACGGAGGAUAUCAGAUGAGGAUGAUUUAUCUUCUUGUGCCAAUGAAGAAAAAGAAAGUGAACUUAAACAGCUAAAAAAAGAUUUAGAACGCAUAAAAAAGACGUUAAAGAAAUACGAAAGUAAACUUGAAAGUCAAGAAAUCGCUUCUAAGCUAGAAGAUGUAAGUGAAAAUACUGAUGAAAAUGACCCUGACCUAACUGCCCAACAACGCGCAAAUAGAAAUCGGGUAAUUAUCAACAUUGGUGGUAUAAGACACGAAAUAUAUCGAAGCACGUUAAAAAAUAUCCCCGACACAAGGUUAAGUUGGAUCGCCGAAGAGAGUGCUAUUCAUUCUCCGGAGUAUGAUCCAAUAACUAAAGAAUUCUUUUUUGAUCGUCAUCCACAAGUGUUUUCACAUAUUUUGAAUUACUACAGGACAGGGAAUUUACAUGUACCCUAUGAUGUAUGCGGUCCUUUGUUUGAGGACGAGCUGCAAUACUGGGGUAUUGACGAUUCGCAAGUAGAAUCGUGUUGUUGGUUAACAUACAGGCAACAUCGAGAUGCGCAAGAUACUUUGAAAGAAUUCGAAGGCAUCGAGUUUGAAAAAGACUUUGACGACGAUUCUGAGCCUGAUCUUUCAAAAUAUGGCUUUAAUGUCGACGAAGACGGACAAAACAACGAUGAACAAACAUGGUACCAAAGGUGGCAGCCAGUCUUAUGGAAGUUAAUGGAGGACCCACUAUCGUCGAAAAAAGCAAAGGUGUUGGCUCAAAUCAGCAUGUUCCUUAUCCUGUUAUCUGUUAUCUUGUUUUGCUUGGAGACUAUGUACUAUUUUAGUGGAAAUGAAGAUCGUCUGCUUGUUCUAAACAGUCUGGAAGGCUUAUGCGUUCUGUAUUUUACAAUAGAACUCAGUAUACGAUUCGCAUUUUGUCCGGACAAGAUAAGGUUUUUAAAAGGAAUAAUGAACUGGAUAGAUUUCCUGGCGAUAAUUCCGUUCUUUGUUACCGUUACAAUGAAGUUUGGUUUUGGUAUUGAAGACGAUUUAGGUUAUUUACAAAGUAUUCGGAUUAUUCGGGUUUUUCGGAUUAUAAAAUUAUCGAAGCACAGUGUUGGACUGCAGAUACUUGGUCACACCCUCAAAGCAUCAUUUCGUGAACUUCUUCUUCUAAUAUUUUUUCUCGUUAUUGGCAUUGUUAUUUUUUCAAGUUUGGUUUAUUAUUGCGAGUAUCGGCAGAAAGAUACAAAGUUUCUCAGUAUACCAACAACGUUUUGGUGGGCCGUCAUCACUAUGACAACAGUCGGUUAUGGAGACAUGGUUCCUGAAACGGUAUGGGGAAGAAUCAUUGGUGGUUUAUGUUCAGUCAGUGGCGUUCUAAUGAUAGCUCUGCCAGUACCAGUUAUAGUAAACAACUUUAACCUAUAUUACUCCCACGCGCAAGCUAGACUGAAACUUCCAAAGAAAAAACGAAGAAUGCUAUGUGGCGCAGCAAACGCAUUAAAAGGUCCAGCCAUGGAGGAAUUUGACAGACGAAAUGAAGACGAAGAUUCGCCUCUAUCAAUAACCAGAAGAGCUCCUUUAGCGGUCGAAGUAUCUAAUACAGACAGUGAAGAGGAUGAAGACAAUACUACUGAAAAAUUAGCAGCAUUAAGAUUGAAAAGGUUUGCAAGAAGGGACAGUAACAUGUUUGCAGUGCAAAGGAAUGGAGAUUUGUCUCCUCAUACGGUGACAAGAAAUGGUAGUUAUGCACUACAAAAAAGAAGAUCGCUCUUACCAACGAUGAACAGUCUUCCUGAAAUCGAACAAUAAAAUGUAUACAUUUUUUGGAAAUUUCUUUUUUAUAUCAAUAAUAUCUUAAAAA